GUUUCUUGUUCCAUCUCUAUCCGAACACGGUUGAGCUCCCGUCGCUCGCGAUGCGCCGCAAAGCGCCAUGAGCGGCAUCUCCUGGAGCGCCGAGGAGGUCCACCUGCGCCUCCCAACGCCAAGUCCGCGGACGACGCCCUCGCUGCUCCUGACGCCCCGGCGGGCGCCGUGCACGCCGCUGCCGAAGCGGCCGUUGAGAGCGCGACUGAUGCGCAGCCAAGAGUGCUCGACCUCACGGAGUCGAGACCUUCUCAGCUCAGAGCUAUGGCCUCGGCAGACAACGACGCAGGAGAGCUUCGCAGAGCUCUGGAGUGAGGAGCUGACAGCUCAGGCUCGACGUCCCUCCGGGAGGCAGCUUGAGGAGAUCAGGCGACGCUUGGGCCCGGUGCCGUGCCAUGGAAAUUGCGUGGCCUUGGUUUACAACCGCCAACACCAGUGCAUGAGAUCACAGGCCUAUGAAGAGCUGCCGAUGAACUUGAAGCCAAAGGUGCAAGAGCUCCUGGGUGGCAUCAAAAGUUUCCAGUUCCCGCGACGGAGGAACAUCCAGAACGACUCACGAGAGACGGAGGUGAAGGCGGUUCAUGUGGUGGACCGCCGGCUCUGGGGCCAGUGGGGAUUGGAUCCUGAUCGGUUCACGUGGCGGAAGUCCUGACAGCCGCUGAGCACCGGAGCCGCUUCACCAGGAUCACGACGAUCGGAGUUGGCCUAUGGAGGUUAACUCUCCCUUUGUAUCAUUUUGUAUCCUGAACCUUUCUUGAGAGAACUUCUUCGAAGCAUUAUUAUUCCUUUUCACCACGUGUCUUUUUUGUGUAUGGCCGUAUGGCCAGAGAAUAGGAAUCUGUU